CGACUCCCGAGCGAACCACCAGAGAGGGCCUCCUCCCCGAGCGCGACAGCUAGGGUUACUAGCCGCCGCCGACCGACCGCCCCUCCGCCACCACCGCCGGCCCUCCGCCGCGGCGCGCGUAGCCGGCCCAAGCCCCCGCUGCCCGCCGCCAGUACAGGAUCUCAGCCAGCGCCUCCCUCCCUCCGCCGAGCAGCCGCUCCCGCCAGCAGCGCCUCCCUCAAUCCCUCCCUCCCUGGAGCAGCCGCCGCCCCGGAGCUACGCCGGCGACCAGUCCAUCGGCAGGUGUCAGUUCCUAAUGGUUAUCUAGAGACAGAUACAUUGAAGGGUCCUCAAUGGAUUUGAAUGCAUCGCCGUUGCCCGAGGAAGAUGACCAUGAAGAGCCAGUUGAGCUUGAUUUUGGACAGGACGAUGAAGAUCAUGUCGAGUCUGCUGUUGAGAUUAUGAGAAGGGAACGAGAAGAACGACGCAGAAAGUUGAAGAGAGAUCAACCGGAUGAUGGACCAAGGCCGCGACCACAACAGGUUAGGAAUGAUCAUGUGACCCAAAACAAGAUUGGCGGAUACAAACGAGUUAAAGAGACACCUCAGGGUUGGUUGGAUUGCCCUGCAUCUGGUCAACCAAUAGACAAAAUCAUACCGUCUAAAGUUCCGCUGGAUGAAACAUUCAAUGAGUCGAUUCCUCCUGGAAAAAGAUAUUCUUCCAAACAAGUUGUUAAUAAACAAAGAAAGGCUGGCAGGGACAUAGGUUUGGUGAUUGACUUGACAAAUACCUCUCGGUACUAUUCACCAGCAGAGUGGACGAAGCAAGGUACUAAACAUGUCAAGAUUGCUUGCAGGGGUAGAGAUGCUGUACCAGAAAAUGAAGCUGUAAACACGUUUGUGUAUGAGGUGUUGGCGUUUCAUGAGCGCCAGAAGCCAUCAAGAAAUCCCAAAUACGUACUUGUUCAUUGUACUCAUGGGCAUAACCGUACUGGCUUUAUGAUUGUUCAUUACCUAAUGCGCACACAACUGUCUAGUGUUACUGAGGCUUUAAAUAUAUUUGCUCAAAGACGGCCUCCAGGAAUAUAUAAAACCGACUACAUUCAAGCACUGUAUACAUUUUAUCAUGAAAUUCCUGAAAGUAUCACAUGUCCACCGACACCGGAAUGGAAGAGGCCUUCUGAUCUUGAUUUGAAUGGUGAAGCUAAGCAGGACGACGAUGACGACAAUGGCGAGCCUGCACCAUCACCAGAUCCCGUAGAUGACAAGGCCAUUACUAAUGAUGAUGUCUUAGGGGAUGCUGUACCUUUUGACCAGCAAGAUAUCUUGCGUGGCAUAUGUUUCAAGUUGCUUGAUUUUGUACCCAAUGGUAGAGCUAAUGCUCAAUUUCCAGGAUCUCAUCCAGUUUCCCUCAACAGUGAGAACCUGCAACUUCUGAGGCAAAGAUAUUAUUAUGCUACAUGGAAAGCUGAUGGAACACGAUACAUGAUGCUUAUAAUGCGGGAUGGCUGUUUCUUAAUAGACCGGAACUUCUGCUUUAGAAGAGUUCAGAUGCGUUUUCCUAUUAGGAAUGUUAAUGAUGGUUUCCACAACUUUACAUUGAUCGAUGGAGAAAUGGUUGUAGACACCAUACCAGGUGGUGGAUUGAAGCGGAGGUACUUAGCGUAUGAUCUAAUGGCAAUUAAUUUCUCCUCCAAAGUCAAGUUGCCCUUUUCUGACAGGUGGAAGCUACUUGAGGAUGAAAUUAUUCGUCCACGCAUCUAUGAGAGAAAGCAGUUUGAAACUGGUCUGAAAGGCAAUCCAUCAUACAGAUAUGACCUGGAACUUUUUUCGGUAAGGAGAAAGGAUUUUUGGCUGCUUUCCACGGUGAAGAAAUUACUCAAGGAGUUUAUUCCAGCACUUUCACAUGAAUCUGAUGGGCUUAUAUUUCAGGGCUGGGAUGAUCCAUACGUGAAUCGUACACACGAAGGUCUGCUAAAAUGGAAGUACCCAGAGAUGAAUUCAGUUGACUUUUUGUUUGAGACUGGUAGUGAAAACCGCCAGCUUAUUUUUCUGUACGAGAGAGGCAAAAAGAAACUUAUGGAUGGUACCCGGGUGGUAUUUCCUGAUGAUGUAGAUCCAUCUUCAAUAUCAGGGAAAAUUGUUGAGUGCUCUUGGAAUAAACAGGAGGACUGCUGGUUCUGCAUGCGAAUCCGAGCAGAUAAAUCAACUCCUAAUGAUAUCAAUACUUACAGAAAGGUGAUGAGGAGCAUCACGGAUAACAUUACUGAAGACAAGCUCCUGGGCGAGAUGAAUGAGAUCAGUAGCCUUCCAAUGUACGCCGACAGGAAGGCCCAUGCUGACAGGAAGGCCCAUGCCGAGAAGAUGGCUCACCAGCACAGAAGGAGGGGAUAAGGCGAAUAAUCUUGGCUUCUGAACUAGAAUCAACAAUGCCGGCUGGCCACUGUAGCCUGUGUAUUUAGCAAUAAUCAAUUUUUGACUUCAAUUAAACAACAGCGGUCACUACACAAGUUUUUCAAUGCUUUGUCAUAUUGGCCAUUGUACAUGCAUCGUUCCAGAGUCCUGUAUAUCUCUUAUUGUGUGUCAUCAAUGCUUGAUAUCAUUAUCAUUUGGUCUAUACUUCUGAA